GCCGCAGCAACGAUGGCCGCGGCCCUCCUGGCAGCCAGCGUCGCAGCUCCCGGACCGGCCCAGGCGGAGAGCCCGAAGCUGUCCUUCUUCGGCCUCGGAGGCGGCGUCUCCGAUGUCUACAACCAGAACGACAACCCGGUCAACCCGUACUCGCAGUUCAGCGAGGUCGGAGACNNGAGUCCGUCUACAAGGCCCGCACCGACCAGGAGGUCGCACGCAGAAAGAAGGCGCUCACGAACUCCUUCGAGCGCUUCGACAAGACCGCCUUUUACAUCAAGACGAAGCAGUCGCAGCAGCUGACCUCCAACCUCCAGGAGGCUGCUGGCUUCAAGCAGGACAUGGUGUACUUCUCUGGCGCGGAAGGUUCUCCGGCUUACAACAAGGCCCGAGAAUUCUCCCAGAAGAUCUCCACCGUGGGUGUGGAUGGCCGCAACAAGGAGUGGGGACGAGCCUCCCAGGACUUCGAGGCCGCAAAGGAGCUGCUGAAGGAGUGGAAGGAGCUCGUGAAGUUCUGA